UGGCGCCAUUUUAGUUGGCGGGAGCUGGAAGGGGAGGCGCCUGUAGAGCGCGGGUAAAUCAGGCGUUGACGGCUGGGGGACGGCGAGCGCUGGUCCUGUGUCCUGGAAAUCCGUAGUGUGAAGGGUUCCAGCGGCUAGGUGCGUCCUUGGCAUUUAUGAAAAAUGUCUGCUGCCUUAGAUGAUUCACAAUUGGUGCCUUUACUAGAAACUUUGGAGGACUCCUCUACCUCAUACACAGAAAAAACAGAUGCAUAUCUCUCCAUUGCAAACCGUCUUAGUGGAGAAGAUGGCAAAGAUUUCACUGUCCUGGUUGGAAAACAAUUCUCACGUCUUUGUAAAGCUUUUAAGGUUCACAUUUCUCACCAGAAUUCUGAUCUCAGUAACGCAGCACUUCAGAUGUUGGGAUUUUGUGUUUUUAAUAGUAAUAUAGCAUCUAGCAUAUCAGCAUCUGAGGUGAAAGAACUGCUGACUGCACUAAACAGUAUUGCUGUAAAAGCAACAGAUAAAAACACAUGCACUAGAGCACUUUGGGUGAUUUCAAAACAAAACUUCUCCCCUGAAGAAGUUGGGAAGGCGGUACCGUCUAUAAUUUCUACAUUAGAAAGUGUACUUAAUAAAGAUGCGCAUUCGCUUGUCAUUGCGUAUGAAGCACUGAAUGUUGUUAUAAGGCUUUUGGAGCAAGCGCCUGCACAAAUGACAGAGGAGGCCGUUCGAUGGGCAAAAUUAAUCAUCCCAUUAGUGAUCUACUCUGCGCCCAAGGUUCGGCUAAGAGGAGCAACGGCUCUAGAAAUUGGGCUGCCGCUGUUGCUUCAGAAACAGCAAGAAGUGUCGGCUGUAACAGAACAGCUCAUGUCAUCUAAAAUCAUUGCGGAACUGCACAAACUUUUUACAAGUAAAAAUGAGACUUAUGUGCUGAAACUUUGGCCGUUGUUUGUCAAGCUACUUGGGAAGACAUUACAUCGAAGUGGCAGCUUCAUUAACUCAUUACUGCAGCUGGAAGAGUUGGGCUUUCGAAGUGCAUCUCCGGCAAUCAAGAAAAUUGCUUUUAUUGCUUGGAAAAGCCUUAUUGACAACUUUGCAUUAAAUCCAGAUAUACUAUGCAGUACCAAGAGACUAAAACUGCUUAUGCAGCCAUUAAGUUCUAUUCAUGUUAGAACAGAAGCCCUAGCUCUGACAAAAGUAGAAGUCUGGUGGUAUCUUCUAAUGCGUCUUGGAUCUCAGCUGCCAGCACACUUUGAACAGGUUUGUUUACCUUUGAUUCAAAGUGCCUUAUGUGUGGACUCUUCAUCUCAAUCCACUGCGUUACGUGGAGCUAGUCCAUGUCUGACUGUGUCUACUCCCUUGCAAAAAGGAACAAUGCCCUUUGGCAGUCCAACAACCCCCAAAAUAAACUUGAAUUCUAGCCUUUUGGCAUCAGUAGCUUUUCCAUCAGUUCAUCUUCUGGGUGUGGAGAUGAUGCUUCAUUUCCUGCUUGGUCCUGAGGUUGUAUCGUUUGCCAGUAAGCACAAACUUGUGCUUAGUUUAGAGCCUCUCCAGCAUCCUCUGAUCUGCAGUUCAUCAUUUUUCUGUAAACAUGCAAGCUCCUUGCUAAAUGCCAUGCAGGAUGGUUUUAUUAUCAUUGGAAAAGAUGCCUCAGGUGCUGUGCUUCAUACUGUAUGGAAGGAUAUGAUUGAGUUUGCCAAGGCAGCUAUGGAGACCGGUAUCAAGAAGGAACGACAAGGUUCAGAAUUACUGACUUACUUGCUGCAGACUUUGAAAAACAUUAUCACAUCAGAUGCUCUUCAAGUGGAGAAAUGUGUGAGCCUGCUGGAAUGCACCGUGAAGGGACUUCCUCAAAAAGUGCUUGGAUCUGCAGCUUAUCAGGUGGCAAAUAUGGAUCUUCUUAAUGGAACGCCCGCUCUCUUUCUAAUUCAGCUUCACUUUCACCCUGGACUUUUUGAACAUGGUUUUACGGAGGAAAGAUUCUUCAUAAACUUCGAGACUCUUGUCAGCUACGUCUUCUCCGGUACUACCUCUCCUUUGGCAUUUAGCGACUCUGUUCUUAGUGAGUUGAACAAAGGUGCCAAUCUGCUAGAGAAUAAGGAGCUACUUUGGCGUAUGUGGAGUAUUGUGAUCAAUCCGCUGACAGAUAGGGUCAAUCAGACUAAUGAAGUGAACCAAGGAGAUGCCCUGGAACACAACUUCAGUGCGAUGCAUAGUGCUUUAAUGCUCCCUAUAAAUCACAUGUUCCCUAUUACAGAGUUUCCACAGCCCACUAUGAAGACCUUGAUGCGCACAUGGUCAGAACUAUAUAAGGCCUUUGCUCGCUGUGCUGCUUUGGUUACCACAACUGAUGAAAAUGUCUGUUGUGAGGAACUCUGCUCCCGAAUACUUUCUGGACUUGGGGAUCAUCCCUUUGUGAUGCCUCUGUUGGAGAGAAUUGUUCAAGUCAUCACAGUAGUUGUGGAAUGUAUCAACUUCUCCCCAUAUAGUACAAAAUUUCAGCCAAAAACAAAAGCUCCACAAACUCCUACGGAUUGGUCUAAGAAGAAGAAAGGUCCCCUGGGAAACCUGAAUUCCUUUCUGAAGCUAUUUGUGAAAUUAAUUGAUGGGUUUCACAUUUUGUGCUCUGAUCAGAGUCAAAUAGAAGCUAACACUUCAACACUGACUGCCAUGGGCUCUUGCAUUAUAAGCACUCUGUCUACCUGUAUCAGCCAUAUAAGUUUACCAUCAGUCCUUAGAACUGUCUUUACACUGCUCACCAAGCCAGUCUCUGUGUUCUACACUAAAACAAAGUCUAAUUCUUCUAAGGGUUACAGUGGUCUCGGCAGUAAGUUGGAUAAACUUCUUGGUGAUGUUCUCCAGUGUCUUGGUUCUCGAUAUACUGGUCCUUAUGAUGACGACUUGCUUGAUUCAGUUUCUCCGCUGCUUUGCGCCAUAUUCUUGCAUAAGAAUAAGACUUUCAGAAAUCAAGCUGCACAGUUCUGGAAUGGGUCCUUUGCUAAGGCUGCAACGUUGGUUUAUCCAGAGGAGCUGAAACCGGUUUUAAGUCAAGUAAAGUUAAAAACGCCACUACUUUUACCUGGCUUUACCUACUCAAAUGCUGCAGAAGAAUCAAGUGGCCCAUAUUUUGAUAAUUUGGACAACUCCCAAUUGGGAACAAAAAUCAGUGGAAUUGAAGUAAAGUCUACUGGGAAACGAGAAUCCUUACUGGCCCGUGCUGAAGAGCUGAAAGAAAAGGGCACCCCAACUAAAUCUCCAAUGGUCAAGCUGAAGCUAGAUUUUUCUUCACCAAUUACUAAAAAGAAGAUUUUAGAAGAAGAACAAUCUGUUGACUUUGUUGUUAUCCCUACUGAGACAAAGCAAAGAGUACUGACUGAACAUCAGAAAGAAGUUCUUCGUACAAAAAGGGUGGACAUACCCACCAUGUACAACAAUUUAGAUGCAUCCCAAGACACCAAUUUGUUUACACAGUAUACUCAGAGCCAGGAAAGUUCACUAGAGAACCUAGCGCAACCAGACAAUCCUAGAGGAAAUGCAAUGGAAACAGAGGUAGAAAUUACUGAGAAAACAGAAGCCAUUGUGGAUAAGGAAGAGAAGUCUACGGUCUUAGAAAUUCCUGAUGCAGAAAUGUUAGAGGUCAAAGUUGAAGACUCCAAAUCCAUAGAUGAUUCUGCAGUCAUAAAUACUUCAAAUGAAGCUCAGAAUACGUCAAAUGUCAGCAAUAGUUCUACCUCUUCAGAUAUGGUCUCUGGAACACCUCCCCAACCAACAAGCAGAAGGCAGUCCUUCAUCACCUUAGAAAAGUUUGACAGUUCUGAGAAUCGCUCUUUUAGUCCCUUGUCAAAAUCAAAUUUUGCAAAAGACGUUAUUUUAGUACCAGACAGCCAAGAAGCUAUGGAUACAAUAGAAAAAAGCAGUGAAAAUGUAGAGAACGCUACAAAAACAUUGCAGAAGGAGGUUUUAAGACCAGUAUCAAAAAGACGAUCAAGAGCACAACGUGUUGCUGAAGAGACCGAAAACAAACUUGGUGUAUCUGAAGAACCUAAACAGGAAUGUACAAAUGAGUCUGUGAUGAAUGCCAGCGAGGAAAUGGAGGAAAAUGACUUUGUUCCAGAUUCUCAGUCUCAGUUAGAAAAAAAGGUUGAGGGACAGGAUAAAGAAAACGCUGUAGUAGAAAAUGCAGUAGACACCAAGGAAAAUACUCCACCAGAGGUUGUUAACCAGGCCCAAAAUAAAGACCUUCAGGUACCACAGAAAGCGCCUGCUAGUCAAAUCUUGAGGCGUUCUUGCAGGAGGCAAUCGGAAAUAUUAGAAAGCAUCAAAAGUGACUCUGAGACAGAAAAACGUGGCUUCACAAAAGAGGAGCAAAGACCGGUCUCAAAGAAACUUCUACCAACUAAAGAAUCCCUAAGCAGGCAACAAAGUGAAAAGCUUGUAAAAGGUAAAGAUGAUCAGGAUUUUGCGAAGAAAGCUCAAGAGGAGGAAACGGUCACUAACAAAACAGUAAAGAAUGGAGAUCAAGUGGAGGAACUCCCAGACUCUAAUUCUAGCAAGGAGACACCAAGCAGUAGACCUAGAUAUCAAACAAGAAGGUCUUUGACUUCUCUGUCCCAAGUAGACUUGCUUGCAGAGUCUGAGAAAUCUGAAACUCCUGAAGUAACAGGCAAAAGAAAGCGUAAAGGUAGUGCUAGAAGUGUGGAGAAACUUGAAAAGUCAGAAAGUCUUCAGGAGCAACUGUCUGAAUCUAAACCUCAGCCUGACAUGGAGCACUGUGUGGAGAGUCUUGUAAGUGCUUCCGCUGUUUCAAAAAUGGAUAGCACUCAGUCAGAGGUAGAUAAUAAAACAUAUACAUUAAUUGCAGAUACCCUGUUACAUUCAACGAUUCGGUCAUUGGAAAGUAAUAGAAAUGCUGAAGUAGGGUCUAAAUUAACUACAGUCGAGGCCAACAAAACGUACGUAAUUUCCAAAUUGUCUACGGAGAUUAAUGGCACCUUCGAAAGUUUAAAUACUGAGCCCACCGCUGGUGACUAUUCAACUGCUGUUUCAGAUGUUUUCCAAAAUUCUCAAAGUAGCUUACAGUUACUUGAAUGUCCCCAUAAAAAAAGCAAACGAGUCAGAAGGUCAAAGGUUUGUGAUUGCUGCGUUGAAUCAAAACAACUUGAUAAAUCUGAAGAAGUUGAAAGUAAAGAACAGAAACUAUAUUUGAUGUCUGGCAUGCAAUUUAAUGAUACAUUCUCUGGGCCAUGUGCUAUCAGCACACCAGUAGCGAAUGAGCAAGUAUUUUUCAAUCCCUCAGCUAGCGAGAUAAAGUCAGACACAGAGUCUGAGCAAGAUCAAACCAUUGCUCAGUUAAGUGAGAGUAACAGUGAAACGGGGGAACAAACCCAAGUUUUUGUUCAAACAAAGACUGUCGAUGUCAUAGAUACCUCAAAAGAACUUGAUGAUGAAACUGUAGUGGCAGAGAGCCCGAAAGAAAUUAGGGCAGAGGGAGUAACUUUGGAGGUGGAUCAUGUGGAAGAGGUUUGUGCAGAGGGGGAACAAAGUCAAGUUGAAGACUUGCAACAGGACAGAACCAAUUGCAACACCUUGACUGUACAGGUGCCUGCAAGUAACCUAGUUGAUGAAAAAGACGAGGAUUUGGAAAAUGCUCAGAGUGUUAUAUCGGAUGAAGAGGCGGAUGCUAACAUAGCUGAAAAAACUGAGAUUGGCUCAGAACCAAACCAUUUUAUUACAAACCACAUUGAAAUGAAGGACCCUGCUUCAGAAGUUGCUAAAGAAAACAUUGACGUCAGUGAGCAAUCAGAUGAAGAAAUAUUGAUUUCAACAGAUAAAUCCACAGCAGAGAAUAUAGCUGACAAAAACACAAACUUGGAGAAGAAUGCUGAACCUACACAUGCAGACAAAAGUGAGCCGGAAACACUUCAGGCUACUGUUACAGUGACUAUAUUGCCUGAUGGAGCAAAGGUUGAGGAAGAACUUCCUCAAACGACAGAAAAAUGUGGCACUCCAAGAAUGCCUGAGAAUGUGCUAUUGGAGAACCUCGGUGAUGGAAUGUCAAACACAGAUUCGCCACCAAAAAUGAAAGGAAUGUCCUUCAUGGUCAUGGCUAAUGACAGCCCAAGUGGAAGCUUUAGCUGGUCCCCAUCUGCAUCACCCUCAACCAGUAUUCUUAAGAAAGGGCUAAAGAGACAACAGGAAAUUGAGUCCCCAUCUCCGGUUAACAAGAUGCGAAGAGUAUCUUUUGCAGAUCCAAUAUAUCAGGAAGGAUUGGCCGAUGACAUUGAUCGCCGCAGUCCUGUUAUAAGGAACAAUUCUUCACACAGUUCACCAUCUUCAAAAAGUCUUAAAAUGUUAACAAACACUCAGCCGAAGAUUAACACCACUCCAACCAAAGGAUUUGUCUCUCCUGGAGCGCGUGCUCUUGGUUUGAAGAGCUCGAAGAAGAGUCUGAUCUCCGAAAUGACUAAAGAAUCCAUGCCGUCUCCUAAGGAAAGCGUUUACCCUGCACUAAUGAACUGCACAACACCUGUCGAUGUCAUUCUGCCGCAGAUUACCUCCAAUAUGUGGGCAAGAGGAUUGGGACAGCUAAUCCGUGCUAAAAAUAUUAAAACGAUUGGCGACCUCAGCACGCUAACACCUUGUGAAAUAAAGACUCUACCUAUCCGUUCUCCAAAGAUUUCUACUGUGAAAAAAGCACUGAGGAUCUAUCAUCAGCAGCAGACAAAGACAAAAGGAUAUGAUGAAUUUGCUGCUCUUGAUGAAGCUGAAAAGCCGUUAAAUGGGCUUGACGAGAAAUCUAUUUCAGCUGAUGAAGAAAGACUCGAAACAGACUUGCCAGAGGCAUCGGCUACAGCAGCUAUGGAGACUGCACCCUCUCCAGACCUUCUGUCCCAGCUCAAUUCGUUAUCCCUACUGCUAGCUUCAGAGGAGCUUGGGAAAUAUUCAGGAAGCCAACUUUUUGAAAUGCAGGAAAAGCUUGGAACAAUGUCAAACUGCAUCCUUCGACAUCUCCAGUCACGAUGGAGGUCCCCGCCUCACAACACUUCAGAUUAAUACAGCAGUGCUUUAAUGACUAAGAAUUUUCUUGUGAUGGGACAUUUUUAUUCCACUUUCUGGAAAGACUUUUUAUAACAAAGUAGUUUGCUUUCUUUUAAAGAUAACCAUCAUGUACUGUUCCUUCCCUUGCCUUCUAACUCCAAGCUGCUAUAUACAGUGCUUAAAGCACUAGGGUUAAAUAUUGAUUCUUUAAAGGUAAGUUCUUAAAAUUGUACCAAUUGCUUAACUGAGCUUCCGUUUAAAACCUUGGAAACGGCUAUUUUUGUAGGCUGAAUUCAGACCUAAUCUUUUCACUAGAAAACUAGUAAAAAGUUAAUAAAAAAAUUUAAUGAACAUCAGUAGUGCUACAGGACACGAUUGCUAUGGAUUACUGUUAUAAUCGAAUUUACAUUCUUGGUUAAGACAGCUUAAUUACUACUAUUCACGUUACUUGGUUGAUCUUGUUUACCUAGUAGAGACAAAAUAUAACUGGGCAUGCAAUUUCAAGAAAAGAUGAAUUCAGACACCCACUGAAACGUAUAUCUCGCUGUUGCAAUUUUUCCCCAAUGUUGGAUGUGUUCUAGUGAUUACCUAAAACACACGGAAGUUUUUAAAGUCUCAAUCACUAAUAUAAGUGACAAAGUUCAUGCUGCCCGGCAAGUGUAUUGCACUUUCUUUUACCUCUAAAGAUCUGACUGCGAUGUCAUCUUUCAUGCGUUUCAUCAAAAAUAUCACAGUAUUCCACUUUUUUUUCUUUUAUAUUAAGAUCACUUUUUAGUUAGUAUACUUCUGUCCAUUUUGUAAAUUCUGUAUAUAGAUUUUGACAGCAGGUGCAUUGCUAGUUUAGAUGAUCCAUGUUUGUACAUAUAAUUUAAGUCUGUUCCACCAAGCUUCUUAAUGUCAGCUGUGUUUUUUUUUUUUUUUUAAUG